AUGUUGAACGCCACAUCACCACAGUACGACUACUUUGCAAUGUACGAAAAUUACCGGGACCGUCAACACAGCAUCAGCCAGCUCAGCAGCGCCACCACCACCCCACCUGAACUCCCCAUGACUGAAGAAUUUCCCACUCCCAACGGCUUUGAUCCAGGUCUCCCUUUCGAUUUUGAAGAAGACCCAGGUACCUCACAAGACGAAGAAUCUGCCGCACCACCAUCACCGCGAAAUUGCGGCCACGAGACGAUCGAUCCCGACUGCGCGAGCUGUCUCGUCCGCUGGCAUCUCGCCGCCGACUGGGAUGACUUCGAUGGAAUCCACAGCUCCGACGAGCACGCUCAUCUCGCUCUCACCCGCCAGCGCGCCCACGUACAAGGCGAAAUCCGAAGUCACAGAGCCUACUUCGGUCCCCGGGGCAGUCUGGACCUCCACACGAUCACAUGUCCCCGGGUGGGCGAGAGGGACAGGCACAACCUCAAGCCGUCGAAUUGGAUCAAGAGGAAGUUGGGACGGAUGGGAGUUUUGAGAUUGGUGCGCAGGGUGAAGUGGGCUGUGAGGAUGUUUGUGGAGGAGUGGAGGGAGCUUGAGGAGAUUGGGGAGGGAGAGCAGGGGAUGGAUUUGAGUUAUCGGGUCUAG